AUGAAUGCGUACAUGGCCGCAAAUAAUGGACCAUCCCUAUCGGCUCACCCGUCAUCUGCGUUAAAUAUGGACGGUAUGAGCUCUACAUUGCCUGGCUAUCAAUCGAAUGUUGUUCAAUUCGAUCAGUACCAUCAUAUGCAGCCUCAAUUCGCUAUGCAGUCCCCGGGGGUGUAUUAUCAGAUGCACCCCGCCCCAUCUUUUCGGGGUGGCGAUCAGGCAACGGAUGGAAGAACCCCGGCAUAUUCGAUGACUUACCCCGUGGUAUAUCCACACUAUUAUCCACAACCGCAUCAGCAACCGUCGUACCUGGGCAUUCCCACAUAUGUGCACUCUCUUCCACAACACCCUGGCGUCAAUGCGCCCAUGUUUGGUCAGACACCUGGGUACGGCUCGGGCUAUUACCCGUCACCGUACCCAAUGAUGUUAGGGCACGGGCCAGAACCACCUCCACGAUUUGGCCCUCAGCAUUGGAGGCCCCGUAGAACGGUAUCGUCCGGGCCAGGACCCAUCUUGCACACCGGACGCCCUCGGAGGCCUGUUCCCAAGCGUGCUGCUUUAUCUGAUUAUCCAAACACCAUUGUUGAUGGGUCGAACUCGGCCAAGUCCACAAGGUCUAAUUCUCGCGCAUCUGAGACAAUCUCGCCUUCAUUAUCUACUGCCACUCGGGCUGCCACUCCUGGAGGACCACGGAGAACGCCAAAACAAUCGGGCCCUGCGCUAUGGGUUGGCAAUUUACCUCAUGGGAUUAGCAUCGUAAACGUCAAAGAGUACUUCUCUCAGGGCGUUUCCGACCAAAUCGAGAGCGUUUUCCUCAUCUCAAGAAGCCACUGCGCGUUCAUCAAUUAUAAAACAGAAGCUGCCUGUUCUGCAGCACAAGAGAAAUUCCACGACUCCCGAUUUCAAGGCUGCCGUUUGGUUUGCAGACUACGGCCAAAUGCGCGUCCGACAGAGUCCAGGAAAAAUUCAGGUGAUGUUGCGAGCAUCGCAGCUGCGAAAAACGAGGAAAAUGACAAGGCGGCUAUUGCGAGUAUGGACUCUUCGGUUCCGACCCCUGGUGAGAAGGUGCCCAAUCGGUAUUUCAUUGUUAAGAGUAUGACGGUGGAGGAUUUGGAGAGCAGCCGGCAGAGCGGUAUUUGGGCGACACAGACCCAUAACGAGGUCAAUUUGAAUCUAGCGUAUGAGACCGCGGAUAAUGUAUACCUCAUUUUUUCAGCCAACAAGUCUGGAGAGUACUAUGGAUAUGCCCGGAUGGUGUCGCUCAUUCAGGAAGAUGAGAAGUUGGCCCUGGAGAUGCCUCACAGGCCCAAUCAUAUUGCUACGGAAGCGGAAGAGCCCAGCGUGACUCUGACGCAAGCCUCGUCCACCGCCCGCAGUGGCCGGAUUAUCGAUGACCCUGUUCGGGGCACCAUCUUCUGGGAAGCCGACACAUCAUCUGAAGAUGAUGGAGGAAAAGAAGAAGACGGAGAAAAAGAGGAAGAUGACACAGCUCUGGCAGGGGUAACAGGAGCAGCUCCCAAUGGUGUUGCAGAGGUGGAUGCGGAUAGGGAUGCCAACGGCGACAAGAACGUUGGCGGGCCCACAGCCGUUACGGAAGAUGCAGCAACGGCAGAUACUACUACAACUGCCGCUACUACUACAGCAGCGGCAGGAAGUCAGGCCAUUGGGCGACCAUUUCGAAUCCAAUGGCUGUCUACGGUAAAAGUACCGUUUUAUCGCACGCGAGGACUACGCAAUCCAUGGAAUGCCAACCGGGGGGUUAAAAUCGCCCGGGAUGGCACAGAGAUUGAGCCUAGGGUUGGCGCACAGUUGGUGGAACUUUUUCACCUUCCAUCGUCGGGCGCGAGUACGUCUUCGUACCGGCUUCCGAAUUGA